AUGUCGACGGUUUCCGAAGAACCUUUUGCCAUGAAAGCCAUUAGAGUAAGAUCCCCAAACCUCGCCUUGGAAAGCAUUAUCCUGCAUACAUCUCAGUCAACGCGAAGCCAGCGCAUAAAUCCAGCGGGCAGUGGAAAUAUCACCUUGUUCUCGUAUCCCGGCCGGGAGCAGCAGCAGCAGAAAUUCACACCUGCCUCCUACCAAAACGCCUGUGGUACCAGGGAGCUCUAUGGGGAAUGGGGGAAAAGAAAGGGGGAGGUGGAGAGGAAAGGGGAAGGGGCGAGGGAGGAGGGACGCGAAGGAUACUUUUCUUUAACUACUACUCCUACUCCUAUUACGCCUCUUGGUGUACCUACUCCAACUUCUCCUACUCCUCCUGGUAUACCUACUCUUACUCCCCGUAAUAUACGUACUCCUACUCCUCCUAAUCCCCCUGGUUUACCUACUCCUACUUCUCCAACUCCCCUUGGUCUACCUACUCCUACUCCUCCUGGUGUACCUACUCCUGCUCCUCCUACUCCCCCUAGUAUACCUACUCUUACUCUUCCUGCUCCUCCUGGUAUACCUACUCCUCAUACCCCCCCUAGUGUACGUACUCCUACUUCUCCUAUUCCUCCUCAUACUCCUAAUCCUCCUGCUACUCCUGCUGGCAUAUCCUCUCCUUGCCACUCCCAGUCUUCCUGGUAUACCUAG